GUUUAAAGUUUUCAGUAAGGUAUAGCACAUCAGGAAGUAGGAAUGGCGACGUGUUUCAAAAUUAAAAACGGAUUUAUUUUUGCCUUACUUUGUUUUUGUUUUAAAGGUUCAGACACACAGUGUAGUUCUGGAAACCAUUUUGGACUAAACUGUGACUUCGAGUGCCAUUGUAUGAAUAAAGAACAAUGUAACAGCAGCACAGGAAACUGUCCCUCAGGUUGUGAUUUUGACUGGGUAGGUCCUGGAUGUCAAAGAAACAAUAUAGUACCUGCAGGGCUGGAGAAUGGAAAAACAAUGGUGACACGCCAUCAAAGUAACAUACCUCAGAUACGAUUUGCUUUGCUGGCCGUCGAUAGAGAUUUAUCGACAUGUAGUCAUACAAAGUAUGCAAAUAUGUCAAAGAAUAUCCCUUGGUGGAGACUCUGGCUUAAAGAUAAAUACGAAAUCAGGAAUAUCUCUAUUGUUACCAUCAAAGAAUCCUUGGAUUAUUUUAAGAACUUUGAGGUUAUGGUUGAAAAUGAAACAUUCGCUAACAGAUAUGGAAAUAACAUCUUCACUGCUCAAGAAGUGUGUUACAAACAUGAUAAUUCCUCACCGAGAACAACGAAUAUUGAUAUAACAUGUAACAAACCAAUUUUUGGAAAUCAGCUCAGAAUUCGACUUGCAACUAAUGGUACACAACUCGUCUUGUGCGAUGUCAGAAUAUAUGGAGAAUGUUCUGAUGGAACAUUUGGUGUCAGUUGUACAGAGACAUGCAGUACUCAUUGUGAAGAUGUCUGUAAUAAAGAUUAUGGAACUUGCUCUUCGUGUUCGCCUGGAUGGACGGGAACUAGCUGCAACCAAGUUGCAGUAUGUGACGAUGGAAAAUAUGGCGAAAGCUGCAAGUUCAGUUGCAGCGGGAACUGGAAAAAUAACGCGUCAUGUAGAACGGCAGAUGGAUUUUGUACUGAUGGAACAUGCAAACAAAGUGAUUAUAAAAAUUUACUCGAGAACUUUUCAUCUGAAUGAGGGUCCGUCAUAAAGGGACUUUUGAAAAAUGACAAGUUUCAAUUUAAUCAUUUUUUUUUUGUAUUGUUUCGGGAUCUGUGUCACAGAAAAUAUACAAAAAUGUAUAAAGAAUAUACUAUAUUAACGAAAACCAAACUGAUAUUUACUAAAGGUUACAUUCUGUUUCCUAAAAAUAUCAUGAGAAAUAUAUGAAGCAUAUAUCAUUCACCCAUAAAAAUAAGAUUUUUUUUAUACCACUGAUAAAACGGAGCAUUUCAUAAAUUUGCUUUAAAUUAAAUAAAAUGGCAUUGGCUUAACUUGA